UCUCAAAGUCCAGCCGGUGGGUGAGCAGUUGGAGCCCUUCCUCCGAACUGUUUCCAGAGAGAUUUGCUUCCUGACUAAGAGACAUGACUCUAGCCUGGAGACAUUUGCCAAGAACUUUGCACCUGGAGACUUCCUCUCCCAGGAUCCGAAAGAAGUGUCCUCUGAGCGUAGGUGCUUUCUGGACAUCUGUAACCAAGCGCAGUCUUCAUACUAAACCCAGAAUGCCUCCAUGUGACUUCACACCCGAAAGAUACCAGUCCCUCGCCUAUGACCGUGUCCUGGAGAUCCACAAGCAACAUCUUUCUCCUGUGCUGGUGUCGUAUUUUUCGGAGCCUUUGUUGCUCCACCAGGGUCACAUGGAGUGGCUGUUUGAUUAUGAGGGAAACAGAUACCUGGAUUUCUUUUCUGGGAUUGUUACUGUCGGUGUUGGUCACUGCCAUCCGAAGGUAAACGCACUGGCACAAAAGCAGCUUGGCCGCCUGUGGCACACAAGUGGCUUCUUCUUCCACCCUUCGAUCCAUGAAUACGCAGAGAAGCUUUCAGCACUUUUUCCUGAGCCGCUAAAGGUCAUUUUCUUCAUGAACAGUGGCUCAGAAGCCAACGACUUAGCCAUGCUGAUGGCCAGAGCACACUCAAAUAACACAGACAUCAUUUCUUUCAGAGGUGCCUACCAUGGAUGCAGUCCUAACACACUUAACUUGUCAAACAUAGUGUCCUUCAAGACGAAACUGCCCCUUGGGAUAGGCUGCCAAUCAACAAUGUGCCCAGAUGUUUUCCGUGGCCCUUGGGGAGGAAGCCACUGCCGAGAUUCUCCAGUACAAACAAUUAGGAAAUGCAGCUGUGCACCAGACUGCUGCCAAGCUAAGGACCAGUAUAUUGAACAGUUCAAAGAUACUCUGAAUACUUCGGUGGCCAAAUCAAUUGCUGGUUUUUUUGCAGAGCCAAUUCAGGGGGUGAACGGAUUUGUUCAGUACCCAAAGGGGUUUCUAAAGGAAGCCUUUGAGCUGGUGAGAGAGCGAGGAGGCGUGUGCAUCGCGGACGAAGUGCAGACAGGGUUUGGAAGGUUGGGCUCUCACUUCUGGGGUUUCCAAACCCACGGCGUUCUGCCAGACAUUGUCAGCAUGGCUAAAGGGAUCGCGAAUGGCUUUCCCAUGGCAGCAGUUGUGACAAGUCCAGAGAUUGCCAAGUCUUUAGCUAAAAGCGUGUUACACUUCAGUACCUUCGGAGGGAACCCCAUGGCUUGCGCCAUUGGAUCCGCCGUGCUUGAGGUGAUUAAAGAAGAAAAUCUACAGAAAAACAGUCAAGAAGUCGGCACCUAUAUGUUGCUGAAGCUUGCUAAACUGCGGGAUGAAUUUGAAAUUGUCGGGGAUGUCCGCGGCAAAGGCCUCAUGAUAGGAAUAGAAAUGGUGAAGGAUAAGAUGAGUCGCCAGCCUCUUCCCCGUGAAGAAGUAAAUCAGAUCCACGAGGACUGCAAACGCAUGGGGCUUCUAAUUGGCAGAGGUGGCAUUUUUUCCCAGACAUUCCGCAUUGCGCCCCCGAUGUGCAUCACUAAACCAGAAGUUGAUUUUGCAGUGGAAGUAUUUCGUUCUGCGUUAAUUCAACACAUGGAGAGAAGAGCCAAAUAAAAUUUUAAAAAAUUAUAAAACCAUAAGCCUCAAGAACGUCCCACUUAUGUUCAGGAGCUAAUUUGAGGAAUUUCAGAAUCGCUGGUAUAAGUUGUAAAAGGUGACUGCCUACAAGCCAUACUUGUUAACAGAGCCUCUAUUAUGUUGAGAAAUCCAUCCUUCAGGAAAUCUAUCACUAGUGCAGAGAAUAAAUCCUAAUUAGUCUAGGUUAGUUAUGGUAAUUUGAUGUCCCUUUGUGGCGAUUGGUUUAUGCAUGAUAUGUGAUGUAUUAUAGGACAAUAAAUCCUGAAGGAAAACCUUUUGGUGGAGGUGGCUUCAAGGAAAGGUUUCUUCAUCCUUCGCUCUUCAUCUCCACAAGAAAUGUUUUCUCCUUGCACUGAAGCAUCAUAUGUCAUGAUGGGACUGCUCCAACCACAUCAGCCUUGUCUGGGGGCUGUUUGGUAUAUGAGAUGAUAAAUUCACUGUAUUGCACAAGUCUUUUUGAUUUAAGUUUUCUGUCAUUGCAGCCAUAAGCAUCCUGAGAAAUGAUGUAGAAAACACCCAAAAUCCUUUAACUCUCUUAAAAUGCCUAUCAGAGACUUCUCCAUUUCCACUGUCAUCAUCCCACUAUGGACUAAACCCUCAUUAUUCCUAUUGCAGUUGUCUCUGAUAUGAGAAUUUCCCAAAAUUCAGUCAUUAGAAUGCACAUUCAUCAUGGGUUCCCUCCCCGCCCCCGCUCCGCCCAUGUGUAUAUCACCUGUCCUAGAAUUGACUUAAUAUUUGUCCUUAAUUUGACUUUGUUCACUUGAAUGUGUUUGAUCAAAACCUUUCCAUAAUUAUAAUAAAUGAGAAAUCAGUACUACUUGUCAGAAUUAGAAAGUAAUCAUGAAAAUAGAGUGAAUGCAAAGCAAUGUAACUCAGUUCUAGUGAGAGUAGGUAGCUUGCAGCUGUUCUCAGCCUGAGGCUAAUUCUCUCUUUGUCCUAAAGGGAAAUGAGAGAGUAUUUGGGGGAUGUUGCUAAAAGAUACUGGCAAAGUGCGACCCUCUCCUUAACACAAACAAAGAGGGCCCACAGCACUGAAAGGAAAAUCAUUUUCUCAGCAUGCAAUGCGAUGGUAAUUUAAGCUGUCCCUAUUUGAAGCCAUGUCCUAAAGGUCUACUCCCUGAGGUGACUGUUUCCACUAACACAUCCUAUACGUCACUGCCAGGUUUGUCACCCUCAAGCGUUGACUUAAACAUGACAUUCCUUUGCAAAAAGCCUUCCAGUUGCUCCCCAUUGUUCUGUGGAUAAGACGUCCAUGUCCUCCAGUGUCCAAUGUCCAAAUACAGCGAACCACUAGAUUUAUCAUUUUGUAAUUUAUGUAAAUGCCUAACCACUGUGUAUACCUGAAACUAAUGUAAAAUAAUACUGAAUGUCA